GCGUCAUCGCCGCCGAGGAAGCGUGAAAUGUAUGGUUGGUUGUCAUGUGUCAUGCAGACUGGCUGGCGGUCAGCUGACAGAUCCGGGUCGUUUGUGAUGUUUACUUUCUUUGUUUAGUGCGUUUACCUGCGUGUGUGUCGUUUUUCUUGAAUGAAUGCAGCGCUAUGCUUCGCCACGGAGAACCAUGGUAGUCGUCAACUCGGUGCUGAAGCUCGUGCAGAGGCAGACGUACACCUGUCUGUCCCACCGAUACGGGCUCUACCUCUGCUUUGGGGGAAUCGUUCUCAUGAUAGUUUCCGCCUUUCAGUUCGGAGAGGUGGUGGUAGAGUGGAGUCGAGACCAGUAUCAUGUGCUGUUUGACUCCUACAGAGACAAUGUGGGUGGAAAGUCCUUCCAAAGCAGGCUCUGUCUGCCCAUGCCUAUUGAUGUGGUGUACACUUGGGUGAACGGAACAGACACGGCUCUGCUGAAGGAACUGAAGGCAGUCAAAGAGCAACUGGAGGAGGAACAAAAAGCUCUGAGGGAACGCCUGGGGAAAAAUGCAAGUGAGACAACUGAAGUGCCAAAAGACAGUGUGAAACCAGAAUGCCUGCUGUCACACUGCAUCAUGGCGCCCAUGCUGGCCCUGGACCCCGCUCUGCCGGCCAACGUCACGAUCAAAGAGCUACCGUCGAUCUCCGCCUCCUUCUUCGCUGCCAAAGAGCUGCUGCUGAUGAACAAACCCUUCCACCCGUCCACCACCGUCUCUGUGGUCGUCUUCCAUUCGCAGGCUGAUGCUGACAAAGCCUAUACAGAUGUGUCUAGAGAAGACCAGAAAUUCUCUGUGUCCAGAUGUUACCUGACGGCAGAUAAAGAAGCUCCAGGCCUGAUCCGCAUGCAGGCUCUGGCUUAUCUGAGCGGCUUCCCAGCGUCCUUCAAAGAGACCGAGCAGCUGAGAGUCAAACUGCCCUCUGUCAUAACCAACAAGAUCAAACAGUUUGAGUUGUACUCUGAGGCGAGCAUCGCCCUGCUCCACCUGAAAACCCCGCAGGACUUCUCCGAUCUGACGCAGCAGGCUAAAAAGAACCUGACCCUCGACGGGAAAGAGCUGACCAUCAGCCCCGGCUACUUGUUCUGGGACCUCACCGCCAUCUCACAGUCCAAACAGGAUGAAGACGUUUCAGCCAGCAGAUUCGAGGACAACGAGGAGCUCCGCUACUCGCUGCGCUCAGUGGAGAGACAUGCUCCCUGGGUGCGACACAUCUUCAUCGUCACUAACGGGCAGAUUCCCUCCUGGCUCAACCUGGAUAACCCCAGAGUUACUGUUGUCACACACCAGGAUAUCUUCCAGAACCACAGCCACCUUCCCACCUUUAGCUCCCCAGCUAUAGAGACCCACAUCCACCGCAUCCCAGGGCUCUCCCAGAAGUUUAUUUACCUCAACGACGACGUGAUGUUCGGCAAGGACGUCUGGCCAGACGACUUCUACAGCCACUCCAAAGGACAGAAGGUGUAUCUCACCUGGCCUGUUCCCAACUGUGCUGAGGGCUGCCCAGGAUCCUGGAUCAAAGAUGGGUACUGUGACAAAGCUUGCAACAACUCUGCUUGUGACUGGGAUGGAGGAGACUGCUCGGGUGCAGCUGGGAACAGUCGGUUUGCUGCAGGGGUCGGUGUUGUCGGGCCCGGUGGACCUGGUGGACAGGUGUGGCAGUUCGCAGGGGGUAUGGGAGGACUUGGGGGGACGUCCUACUGUAAUCAAGGCUGUGCCAACUCCUGGCUGGCAGACAAGUUCUGUGACCAAGCCUGCAAUGUACUUUCCUGCGGCUUUGAUGUGGGCGACUGUGGCCAAGAGCACUUUGGCGAGCUGCACCUAGUGACCCUGCUGAGGAACCAGACCCGCUACACCCUCCCAGUUGGGGAGGUCAGGCCGUAUUUCAGCUUCAGUAGACUUGCUCAGAGGAUCUCUGAGGCCCAUGUCAGCGACAGCCCGGUGUUGCGCCACACCUCCGUUGCAAACAAAUGGAAGACCAUUCACUUGCUCCUUCAUUCCGGCUACAACGCCACCCAGAUCCAGUACAACCUCACCCUCCAAAGAGACGACGACACAGAGUUCACGAUGAGCUUCAGCGUGGUCGUCGACACCCGUGAGGUCCCUCGGGUUAACGUGUCGCAGGCCACCAGCAAAGACACCAGCAAAGAGCCAAAGCCGACCCCGACUCCGGAGCCGGUGUUCCCUUUCUCAGAUGUUCCUGAGAACAAACGUGGUCCUAAGAUCCAGAGGAGGCAGCCUGGUGAACCUGAGGUUAUCAUAGAGGUUCCUUCGCUGGACGUGUCACUUUUACCAGCUGUCAUACGCAGUGAACUGCAAAAGCUGGAGGAGAAGCUUCAGAAUGGUGACAUUACCAUGAAGGGUUAUAAUCUCACAAAGGCCGAGCUUCUUCAACCUUACAAGACCCUGGCUCAGAAGAAGCAGGUCAUUCACGCAGAGGCAGUUAAUAAGGAUGCAGCCAAGGCCCAGGGGAAGCCUUAUAAAGACUUGGAGGGAGGGCACCCAGAGUUAAAACCAGCUGUGGAAGAGAAGGCUGGAAGUAUCAUUCAGAAAAAUCACAACUCAAAAGAAGCCCCGGUCACUCCUCUCAUCCAAGUUCAUAUUGAUGAUGAGCAGAAGAAAAAGUUUGUAACACCUAAAUCAUAUCCUCUGAAUGCUGCCAUUGAGAAGCCCAGGACUUCCAAACUCCUAAGCAGCAUUUCCAAAGUCAGAAGUGCUGAGAGUCAGAAAGAACCGGCUGACGGCGCAGGAGGAGCUCCAGUUGGGAGGAGACUCCAACACUUCAUCUCCUCAGACAGAGGCUUUCUGCCGUGGGAGAGGAGAAAGUACUUCCAGGGGCUACUUGAGGAAGAGGAGCGUCUGCAGAAAGAGCUGAUGUAUGAGACUGAUGGCGGUGCCACCGGCCGAAAGCUGCAGGACACUUUUGCCGACUCCCUUCGCUACGUCAACAAGCUGCUCAACAGCCAGUUUGGCUUCACGUCCCGCAAAGUUCCCGCGCACAUGCCUCACAUGAUCGACCGGCUCAUCAUGCAGGAGCUGCAGAACACAUUUCCUGAGGAGUUUGACAAGACGUCGGGCCACCGCGUGCGUCACUCAGAGGACAUGCAGUUCGCCUUUUCCUACUUCUACUUCCUUAUGAGCGCUCAGCAGCAGCUCAACGUCUCUGAGGUGUUUGACGAGAUCGACACUGACCACUCGGGCGUUCUCUCUGACAGAGAGAUUCGAACUCUCGCCACGAGGAUCCACGAGCUGCCUCUCAGCCUCCAGGAUCUGACCGGCCUGGAGCAGAUGUUGAUAAACUGCUCCAAGACUCUCCCGACUAACCUGACCCAGCUCCACCUGGUGAACCCCACUCAGGAGACCUACUAUGACCCCAGCAUGCCUCCUGUUACCAAAGGCCUUGUCCUUCACUGCAAGCCCAUAACAGAACGCAUCCACAAAGCCUUCAGAGAUCAGAAUAAGUACAAGUUCGAGAUCAUGGGAGAGGAGGAGAUAGCUUUCAAGAUGGUGCGAACCAAUGUGUCGCACGUGGUCGGCCAGUUAGACGACAUCAGGAGGAAUCCGAGGAAGUUCAUCUGUCUGAACGAUAACAUCGACCACAGCCACAAGGACGCCGCCACAGUCAAAGCUGUGCUCAGAGAUUUCUAUGAGUCCAUGUUCCCGCUGCCAUCCCAGUUUGAACUGCCCAGAGAGUAUCGCAACAGGUUCCUGCAUAUGGAAGAACUCCAGGAAUGGCGGGUGUAUCGGGACAAGCUGAAGUUCUGGACUCACUGCGUCCUCGUGACCCUCGUCAUCUUCACCGUCAUGUCCUUCUUUGCCGAACAGCUGAUUCUGCUAAAGCGAAAGCUAUUCCCCAGACGCAGAGUGAACAGGGACAGCAACCCUGAGCGGGUGUGAUAGAGGAAGACUCCCCCUCUCCUCUCCUUUCUGCACAUCAGCCUCCACCCCACCCCCGCACUCCCACUCUGCCACAGAGGGGACAGGAGAGGAUCCAGAUCCACGGGGGUCUGGGGUGGAAACAGGAAUCUGAAGUCCUCAGUGCUUGUGUUGCAUCGGCGCGGAACAGUGGAUAAGAGACUCGUGAGAUGGCGCUGAAACGUUUUUCAGAAGAUGAUGGAUGGGGCUGGCCAGUGGAAGGGGGAAUAACAGCCAGAGAGAAGAAGCAUCUUCUCCUCCACUGGAGGCACCUGUGACCUUCACACAACACACAACACACAAACACAAAACACUCCCUCCAAGCUGCACCACCCCCUCUCAUGUCUUGUCCUCUCCAGUGCUGUUGAUUGAUAUGGUGUUAAAGUGUGGAAUACUUGAUAGCUGCGGGUAAGGACUUGUGUGUGUGUGUGUGUGUGCGCGCGCGUGCGCAUGUGUGUGUGUGCAGCAAAACAAGUUUUACCAUAAAAUUCAGUUGUAUUGAGUCUCACCAACAUCUGCUGGUGCCUCUUAAACGAUUAAAUACCACAAUAUUCAGCAUUUCUCUGUUAAAUUAUAGAGCAAACAUCUUUAGUUUACAGACAGGUGGUUGAACAAAACAAGACUUUUGAAGAUUUUGCAGAUUUUAUAGACAAAAUGAUGAAUUCAUUUUUGAAAAAAAAAAAAGAAUGCUACUUAUAUCCCUGGUUGUGUUUGGCUUUUACCCCCGGCUUCAUUUUAAAGGAUGAAUAGGAAUAAUUCAUCUAAGUGUUGGCUGUUGUCUUUGUCCAUUGUCUUUACAAACAUGAAAACUUGAAGUGCCUUCGUUGUUCAUUCCUGCUUGUUUGCUAUUUUGUUGUUUUUGUUUUAAAAUGUCGUCUUAUAAAUGUUGGCUCGUGCACCUCACACCCUAAUCUAAUGAUUUACAGUGAGAAUGAAUGGGAUAUGGGAAAUGAUUAUCAAACUUACUGUGGUACAAGUGCUACUCAUUGUGGGAGCUACAUGUAAGUGAUACUACAGCUUUCAUAGCCACCUGUAUGUGUGUCCCUGUGGGACUCAACAGGAUUGCUACUGUCUGAAAUUCAGACCCCCUCAGCAUGUUGUGUAACUUAUUUUGACUGUAUUAUUGUAACAGUGAGCCAAGUGACUGAUGCAUCUGACCUGAAUGCUGCAGAAUGUAAACACAGCCUGAUAAAAUGCUCGUCACCUGUUCAAACUCUUUUUUUUUUUCCUUCCUCCGAAUGUCACUUUUACAAAGUUCUUUAUUAUGACGUCAAACUAAUGUGGAAGUGACUCCUAGAUGCUGUCAGCAUUUUUGCCGCUGCCCUUAAGUCAUGUGAUUUUCGGUGUGAUGUCAGCAGGCGAGAUGAUGAGUAACAUGUUUGGGAAAUGGGAUUUCCUCAGACUGCAUCAGUUCAAUGGUUCCUCAGACUGAAAUAAAUGGUUUGGUUCAGUCA